AUGCUUUAUAGCUCUUUGAUUGAUUUUGAAACUACUAAUGAUAUAACUGUAGAGUUAGUAACUAGUGAAAUGACUAGAACAACAGAAUUAUUUGUGAAAAUAGAGCUGGAUGAUGAUCAGAACUUUCAACUUUCAGUGGGUACUUCUUUCUCAGCAUGA